AUCCGUCUCGGCGUUCGGACUUUCAUUCAGUCCGUAAUAAUCCCAAAUUUGCUCCAAUAAUGGACUUUAAUGUAUUGUCCGGUGUUAGUUUAAUGAUAAUGUAUGAGGACGAGUCGGUGGAUGUUCAUUACAAAGACGGAACCCGGUUACAGCUGUCACCGUGUGGUUGUGAAUUCAUGUUUGUGAAAGCAGCGGACCCCAAUGAACAUCCUCUGCAGCCCGCCGGGAGCUGCAGACACAGGACCAGGUUCACUGUCAGCAGCUUCAAGGAUCUGGUAGUUACUGCAUUGGGAUUUAGAAAUAAGUUUGCCAGUCGCCCAUAUCUUCCAGAGGAACUCAUCUCCACGGACCACAAGAAGCCUUUUUUCAGCAUUGAAUGUGGUGUUCUGUGGCCCGAGCGGUCCUCUUAUGAGGCGGAGUUCCGGGCCGGAGGUGAGGUCGUUGUCAGGUCAGAGGACGGUAGAGCCUUGUUGAUGCUGUCGCCCUCAGGUGAAGAGUUCUCAGUUGAGUUCAUAUGCAGCCUCAGUCAGUCUCAAAAUCAGCACCACAGCAUGCAGUGUUUAAGCAACGAUCCGGAUGGCAGCCCAGAAAAUCAGAAACAACAUCUGGAUGGUCAAGUUAAAGAUGUUCAUCACUGGGGAGGGAGCAGAAGGAAAGAGUCUACUAGAUCAACUCAGAGUGCUCCUCAGGAAAAGCCUGAGCAGAUGUACCAAUCCACCAUAGUCAACCAGCUUCACUCUUGCUGUGCGGUUGCCCCCACAUGGGUCUACCCUCUCUCUCUGGCUCGCCAUCAGUGGACAUCUCACCUCUCUGAAAGUGUCUUAGUAGGAAGCACAAGCAAUUCUGGCCCAGCAGACAGUAGAAUAAACAUUUCUGACAUAGCUUGUGAGGAGCGCAAGUCCCAGCUUCCUCAUGCACUGCCUCUCACGUGUCCCUCGCCUCAUUCACACAGGUGGAAAUUUAAAGACCCCCUGGCUGGAGAGGAAGUAUCAGAUACACCAGGAGAUGUUGCAAAAAUAGUAUGGUGUCAAGGACUUACCUACAGGAUACUGGGUGGAGCAGUCCCUGUAAUAGAGAUUUCUCCAGGAGAUGGAUCAGUCAUCCGAUCAAAUGGUGUCCUUAACUCUUAUUUUACCCAUUACAAACCCGAGCAUCAAUCAAAGCAGGUGAAAGUUCUAACUUACCACUUAAGCAGUCUUCCACCGGAUGUACUCGGACAGGUGUACUCUGUACGUGCCAUUUUGAGUCGUGCAAGUAGGAUUUUGUCUUGCUACACCCAGGCCAAGCAGUUAUUGAAGCUUCCUACCACACCGAGCUGCCUGCAAGAGGACAAACAUUCAUCUAAAUCAGCGGCAUCUGAACAAAAUCCAUCCAACACUGUGGUUGUUGACGAGCACAUGAAUGCAACACGCAGAGCAGACAGUCAGUUCAGCUUCAGGUCAGAUCUUGUUGCUGCAGAACUUGAGAAGAUAAAGCGAUUCAACUUUCUGCUGGAGAAUAAUCACCUGAUUAGAAGAAAAGACGAACACGCAGACUUGGAAAGAAGCUCUGCUGAAGUCACCCAUGAUGAACCCAUAAAUGAAGACCACAUUGCCGGAGCUCUUCGAAGAACCUCCAAAGCAAUUCAGGACAUAGAUUUUCUCACAUCAGCAGCCAAACUUACUUAAAGUUUAUUGAUAUUAAUUUUGAGAAGGUCCACCUAUGGUAGAUUUUUCUGUAAAAACAAAAGGCUACACUAUAAACAAUCUUUGAAAUAAGGUUAUGCAGGGAGAUACUCUUUAGUUGUUUUAUUUGAAUUAAGUAUGUUGUGUAUAACUGCCAAAUGUACAAACACAGAUUCAAGAGACAUGUAUAUUGAGAGUGUUUGUUAGUAGCUUAUGUCUGUCACAACACAUUGUCUUCAUGUCACUAUUGCAGGUAAUAAUGAAUGAAUGGAUGGAUGAGUAAAUGAUCGAUCCAGGCUUGUAUCUCAAGCGUUUUAAAAAGUUUUCCCAUUGAGUUUUCAAACGACCAGACUGUAUGUGUAAAAGAGUAUACAAUCUUUGCAAAUGUUGCUAUAUUCCACAAACCAUUGCUUUCAUUCAAAUGGACCCAACAAAUGACAAACAGCACAAUGUAUCUUUAUGAUGUUCAGAUUUAAUAAUUACUAAUCUGAAUUUGAAAUGUUCCCAAAUCAGCAUUGUUCUGUUGUCAAAACACAAAGUUGAUCAUUAUGGGUAUUGUAGCCAUGCCAUGGCAGUAAGAAUAAGGAUGUUGUUAGUGGUAAGGUUGCUGGUUCAAUCCUGCCUUACCCAAUACGUGUCAAAGUGUCCCUAUGUAAGAUAUUGAACUCAGGUCUCCAACCUUUGUGUAGUUUUGAUAUUGAACCCCAUGUGUCCCUCACUUUAAAUAAAAGGAU